AUGGACGGCUUCGAUCCAUUAGAUCCCAAUACUUAUCUCACCAAUACCCUACCACUUCACCACCAAGUGACGAAUGAUGACUAUAGCAACUACCUCCCAGCAAUGGGCAUGACUGCACAAGCGAAUAAUUACAAUCUGAAUUAUGGAGCCAGCGACCUUCAAAACCUGGGGAUGCCUACGGUCCCUGUCGAGACCGAGAGGGUCUUCACCACAGGGUACGACGAUUUUCAUCCCGACACCACCAGCAACCUCGAUUUCGCGAAUGAAGAGCAGCAGCCUGAGCCAGAUCAACAAAUAAGCCGAGACAAUGAGAUGUUAGGCUUCCGGCCACCGACAUACAGCUUCACACUCCUCGACAUCUCACUUCGCAGAAUAUCCUUAAAUAUAAACGCUCGUUUACAUGGCAUGUUCUUUGUGGCCGAUCCGCCAACAACACCUACCUUUAACUCCCAGACGUCCUUUCCCGAGCUCACAUGCUAUCGUCGCAAUCUUUUCCAGGUCACCGGCUCCAUCACCCUCCCUCGAAACCUUCGUUAUAUACUCACAGACAUCGGUGAUAGACUACCAAUCUUGGGGCAAGAGCUGCAGAUAUCGGCUACUGAAUCUGUAGAGAAUGGACCGGUCAAGCUCAUAUCAGUACCAUGGAAGACGCCUGUGACAAACAUAGCUCCGCCACACGAAGAAAAGAGUGAGAAGGAGCCUUCAACCAUUCCACUCGAUAUUGUGUCAAACCAAGAUAUGGACGCGGACUUCGCUACAUUUCCAAUAGCGUGGAAACGACUACAAUUUCGGAUAGCCACUGCAAACAACGGACGUCGACGUGAACUUCAACAGCACUUUGUUGUUCGUUUGAAGCUCGUUGUAACCCUACCGAACGGUGCUAAGAUCCCUGUCGCAGAGGCAAGGUCGGCUGCUAUUAUCGUCCGGGGUCGAAGCCCCAGAAACUUUCUCUCCAAAAAGGAAACGCCCGUCAGCGGCGAGAAGAGUGGCAACCGAAAGGGAAUGCAUCCUCCAGCCAACCGAUCUGACUCUUCCGCAAGAUCGCCUCUUAAAAGAGAAUAUAGCACAGAGUCGAAUCCACAAAAUUAUGACCCGGCAAAGGUUGAUUCGAAAUCGCAAAGUCCUUUCGGGGAUGACUUUGUAGAUAGAGGUUCGAGUGGGGGGACAGUGACAACGCCCAACGUACCUACGCCAACAUUACCAAGUUCUAAAUCACCUCGAAACCCCACCUCGCCUCCACCCGCACCUCAGCCAUUAUCAUUAACUGAAGAAGUCGAUUUCAAAAGACCUAUAUCGUCUCGCCCAGGCAAAGCAACCAGGCAAUCAUCUGCUAAAUCCUCGAGACCACAUCCUUACAAGCGUCCGUCGCUUCCCUCACUCUCAUCAACCAAAGCUUUCCUUUCCAGUACUUCUGGCCAAAAGCUUUCUUCGGCUAGCCUUGAUUCGGCCGACCUUCUCUACGAGUACUUCCCUCUCGCACUGGACGACUGGCAGCCUCCGGUCGAUGCUGUAUAUCGACCUCAUGUGGUACAUCACGUAACCAAAGAGGCUGGUGGGGCAAAUCAACGACCAGGCAUAGGGGGAAGGAACAAUCGAUACUUCAGCAGUGAAGGCAGAGAAACUACUGCCACUACUGGAUGA